GAAGUCUCAAAAUCAUCAUCAUCAUCCGCGAACAUACACUGAGAAACAUCACGACACACACGCGGGCACACAAAGAGCACCACACACACACAUACACACACACACACACACAAUAACACCAUCAGUACAGUCAACAUGACCAGAAUAUAACGCAGAACUGAUGGACAGGAGAGCGGACUCAUCAUCAUCAUCAUGAGGAUCUAACACACACACACACACACAUACACACACACACACACACACACACCAGUCAAGCGCUUCAGGAGGAUUAUCGGAGACUCUGAAGAUGCAGCUGAAGAUCUUCAUGACAUGAGGCUGAGCUGCUGGAUGAAGAGCUCAACAUCUUCAUCAUGGCCAGAAACACUUCUCUGUACUUUCGCAUCGUCGAGGGGAAAAACCUGCCUGCUAAAGAUGUCUCUGGAACCAGUGAUCCAUAUUGCAUCGUUAAAGUCGACAAUGAGGUCGUGGCCAGAACUGCGACCGUCUGGAAAAACUUGAAUCCAUUCUGGGGUGAAGAAUACACUCUUCAUCUGCCAAUGGGCUUCCAUACGCUCACCUUUUACGUGAUGGACGAGGACACGAUUGGUCAUGAUGAUGUCAUCGGUAAGAUCUCUCUGAGUAAAGACGUGAUCGCAGCUCAACACAAAGGUCUGGAUAACUGGUUAAAUCUGACUCGCGUGGAUCCUGAUGAGGAGGUUCAGGGUGAGAUUCAUUUGGCUCUGGAGCUGCAGAGAGAAAAGCACAGAUCCUGCCUGAGCUGCCACAUCAUCGAGGCUCGUGAUUUGGCUCCGCGUGAUAUCACCGGCACGUCUGAUCCCUUCACCAGAAUCAUCUACAACAACCUCAGCGCUGAGACAUCGAUCAUAAAGAAGACACGGUUCCCUCACUGGGACGAGACUCUGGAGCUCUGUCUGGAUGAAGCUGAUGAAGAUGAGGGAGGAAUGGUCACGGUGGAGGUCUGGGACUGGGACAUGGUGGGGAAGAACGACUUUUUGGGGAAGGUGGAGAUUCCUCUGUCGUGUCUGCUCAGAUCUCCUGUCCUGCAGGGCUGGUUUCGGCUGAUGCCACUGGGAAACACAGAGGACAAUGCCGGAGGUAAACUGGGUGCUCUGCGUCUGAAGGUGCGUUUGGUGGAGGAGAGGAUUCUUCCAUCAGUUUAUUAUCAGCCUCUGAUGGAUCUGCUGGUGGAGGCCGUCAUUUCUCCAUCUGAGGUGGACGAGGCGACAACGCUGACACUGUUGGAGGAAGUGACGACGGUGGACAGCCGGCAGGACGUUGCUAUGACGCUGGUCAAACUGUAUCUGGGUCAGGGGCUGGUGGUGCCGUUUCUGGACUACCUGAACACCAGAGAGGUCCACAGCACCACAGAUCCAAACACACUCUUCCGCUCAAACUCACUGGCAUCCAAAGCCAUGGAGCAGUUCAUGAAGGUACAGUAUAUGUGUGUGUGUGUGUGGAAUACAGGUAUGUGUUUGGAAAGAAAAGGACAAACGCGAGAGUGA